ACAAGGCACGGGGGCCGGGGCUGAGCCGGCCGGGCACCGCCAGCGCCGAGCCCGGGCAGCAUGAGCGCCGACACCGGCUCCAGCUGACGGCGCUGAGGGCACCCGAGCGGCCCCGCACACACCUGCGGCAUGGCUCUGCUGCUCGCCUGGGCGUGGGUGGCCGUGAGCGUGGGGACGGCGCUGGGGGAGCAGAGCGAAGAGGCGGACCUCUACUCGGAAAACAUCACUCGGAUCCUCGACAAGUUGUUGGACGGCUACGACAACAGGCUCCGGCCGGGAUUUGGAGGCGCCGUGACUGAAGUCAAGACGGACAUCUACGUGACCAGCUUCGGGCCGGUGUCCGACGUGGAGAUGGAAUACACAAUGGAUGUCUUCUUUCGUCAGACGUGGAUUGAUGAGAGGUUGAAGUUUAGUGGGCCAACUGAAAUUUUGAGACUGAACAAUUUAAUGGUCAGUAAAAUUUGGACACCAGACACAUUUUUUAGAAAUGGAAAAAAAUCAAUUGCUCACAACAUGACAACUCCUAACAAACUUUUCAGAAUUAUGCAGAAUGGAACUAUUCUUUACACAAUGAGACUAACCAUUAAUGCUGAUUGUCCUAUGAGACUGGUGAACUUCCCAAUGGAUGGACAUGCUUGUCCACUGAAAUUUGGAAGCUAUGCUUAUCCAAAAAGUGAAAUAAUUUAUACUUGGAAGAAAGGACCGUUGCAUUCAGUAGAAGUACCACAGGAGUCUUCCAGUCUUCUCCAAUAUGACCUCAUAGGACAAACUGUAUCUAGUGAAACAAUUAAAUCUAACACAGGUGAAUAUGUAAUCAUGACAGUUUAUUUCCACUUGCAAAGGAAGAUGGGCUACUUCAUGAUACAGAUAUACACUCCUUGCAUUAUGACAGUCAUUCUUUCUCAGGUGUCUUUCUGGAUUAACAAGGAGUCUGUUCCAGCCAGGACAGUUUUUGGAAUCACUACAGUUCUCACAAUGACCACUCUAAGCAUCAGCGCUCGCCAUUCUCUUCCCAAGGUGUCGUAUGCCACCGCCAUGGACUGGUUCAUAGCUGUGUGCUUUGCCUUUGUCUUCUCUGCACUUAUUGAGUUUGCAGCUGUCAACUACUUCACCAACCUGCAGACUCAGAGAGCGAUGAGGAAGGCAGCCAGGGCAGCAGCACUGGCAGCAGCACUAUCAGCAGCAACUGUACCGGCAGAGGACGAGAUUGUCUCGCAUUCUGACUCCAACUCUAACCUGAAGAAGCGAGUGAACUCCAUAGCAUCUCAGGCAGAGCAGUCUCCUGAGGCCAGCAUAAUAUCAAAUACUGCAGCCCAGGCUCAGCCAGUGGCUGCUCCUGCACCAGCCCCACCACAAGCACCAGUCAUCGGAGGCGCGAGUAAAAUCGACCAGUAUUCCAGGAUCCUCUUCCCAGUGGCAUUUGCAGGAUUCAACCUGGUGUACUGGGUUGUUUAUCUUUCAAAGGACACUAUGGAAUUUUUUGAACCUUCAGCACUGCAUUUUCGAAAUGACCCUCAGUCCAACUGAAGAACAGCUCAAGAUUUCAAGGAAAUCACUCAAGGUCAAAGAGGAUUGAAGAGACUUCAAAGGAUUUGUCUGCCCACAGGUGCUCUCAGUUUUCAAACAGGAAAUUUUUAUAUUGGACAUUACCUGGAAAUGUAACCCUGGACAAAUCAACAGCUGCAAACUGCUUAGGGUUCUAAUUAAUAUUUUAUUAAGAUUUCUUACAAUGGUUUUUCUGCAAAAGUUCUUGUUAAAUUAUUUGUUUAAUUGUCAAGGGAAAGAAUGUUCAUUUGUUCUAAGACAUUUGUAAACAAUUGAAUGUUUACAUUAACAUGAAACAUCAAUAAAAGGGUUUUGGUUUUUUUUAAUAGAAUAAGGAUUGCUAAACUCAGCUGAUUUUGAUAUGGUGUAACUUGGCAUAGUUUCACUGAAAAUUUAGGAGUUGUACUGAUUUCCAGCACUUGAGAUUGACCCAAAAUAAUGUUGGAUAGAAAUCUUAUGAAAAGGAGCUGUAAUUCCAUUGUGUUUUAACCCUUUCACAUAAAAGAUAAGGGAUUAGUUCUUAAUUAUUUUUAAUUUAAAUUUUAUCUUUGAGAUUAUAAAGAAUGCAAUACAGC